UUGAAGAUUCAAGGAGAGAAGGUAGCAUUGAAGGUUCUCUAUAAAUUGGAUGCAUAGCCAGAGCUCCUACGCACAAGACUUGUAUCUCCCCAGCUAACUAAUGGCUUCAGCUGCCCUCCUAACCAGCUCUUGUGUUCUGUUUCUGCUCCUAAGCUACCGUUCUCACCUUGCCAAUGGAGAAGUACAGAGCUACCAUAAGGUUCAAAGACGUUCUUUGAAUCCCGGAGCAGUCUGCUCCCCGCUCAAAGGAUCCAACGUUACCUCUAUACGGUUGGUCAGUCGAUAUGGACCCUGCUCCCCCUUCGAGACAAAGGAACUGCCAUCACCUGAACAAAUCCUUCUUAAAGACCAACUUCGAGUAAAUUAUCUCCUAAAGGGUGUCGUGAAGUCACAGCUCAAUGAUUCCUUGGCAAGCAUCCCCGCGGAGUUCGGAGGAGGGGAGUACGUGAUCACCGUCGGCUAUGGCACCCCCAGCCGAGAGCAGACUGUGACGAUGGACACCGGGAGCGACCUGAGUUGGAUCCAAUGCAAACCAUGCAACAAAUGCUACUCGCAGCAGGAGCCGAUCUUUGACCCAUCCCAAUCAUCCUCCUACGCCGCGAUCCCUUGCAACUCGUCGGAAUGCAGUCAGCCCCGAGGCAGCUGCUCCAGCUCUUGCGCUUAUUUCAUCCCCUACGGCGAUGGGUCGAACAGUUCAGGAGUCUACAGCUACGACAGACUGACGCUGUCGCCAAACGACGUGAUCGAGCACUUCCUCUUCGGGUGCGGCACCGACAACGAAGGGCUGUUCCACGACGCCGCAGGGCUCGUGGGUCUCGGCCGUGGCAAGCAGUCGCUUGUGUCUCAGACGUCGCAACUUUACCACUCGGUCUUCUCCUACUGCCUUCCUUCGACUUCCAGCAACAUGGGGUUCCUAAAACUGGGCGAACCUAGUGACGCCUCCAACACCGUUUACACUCGAAUGCAGACCAGCUCCAAGUAUCCAAGCUUUUACUUCGUUGACCUGAUCGGAAUCAGCGUGGCCGGGGAGCAGCUCGCCAUUUCGCCAUCGGUUUUUAGGUCCGGUGGCACGAUAUUGGACUCCGGCACUACGAUCACUCGCCUCCCGCCGUCGGCCUACGAGGCCCUGAGGUCGGCGUUCCGGGAGCACAUGUCGGCGUACCCUCUUAAGCCUACUAACGGACUGCUUGAUACCUGUUAUGACUUCAGUGGCUACAAGACCAUAACAGUCCCCAAAGUAGCGCUGCACUUCGAUGGAGUCACACUGGAUCUCAACGUAUCUGGGAUCCUCAGGCAUGACUGCUUGGCAUUUUCUGGUAAGCAAGUUGAUCGCUUGGGGAUCAUUGGCAAUGUGCAGCAGCGAACAUUUGAAGUAGUCUACGAUGUAGGAAAUGAGAGAAUUGGAUUCGCGCCGCACGCUUGCAGCUGAUCAGUAUCACCUCAUGCAUAUAUAUAAAUAUAAAUAAAUCAAUAGCAUGAGGAAUAAGGAUAUAUAGCAUGCACCUGCAGCUGGCAGUCAACCUCUAUUACCUUCACCAGAAUUGUCUAUCGUUCUAUUUCAGCAUCCACCUCCCUUUUCUUCUGUACGUGUGUCUCU